UUUCGCUGCGCUGUUUUAAGGGUUUUCAUUUUUUUUUGCCUUUUCUCUCCGAAGAAGAAGAUAAGAAGAGGUUGAAGAAGAAGACGAAGAUGCCAGGUCCCGUCAUUGAGGAAGUGAAUGAAGAGCAGCUCAUGGAUUCCAUCAAAGAGCAGAUGAAGCUCCAGAAGGAGAACGAUGUUGUUGUUGAGGAUGUGAAAGAUGGAGAUGAAGACGAUGAUGUUGAUGACGACGACGACGAUGAGAUUGCUGAUGGAGCUGGUGAGAAUGAGAGUUCCAAGCAAAGUAGAAGUGAGAAGAAGAGUCGUAAGGCUAUGCUGAAACUUGGAAUGAAACCAGUCACAGAUGUUAGCAGAGUGACUAUCAAGAGAUCAAAGAAUGUGUUGUUUGUCAUCUCGAAGCCGGAUGUUUUCAAGAGUCCUAACUCUGAGACCUAUGUGAUAUUCGGUGAGGCCAAGAUUGAUGACAUGAGCUCUCAGCUACAAGCACAAGCUGCACAGAGGUUCAAGAUGCCCGACGUUGCGUCUAUGCUACCUAACAAUGAUGCUUCUGAAGCAGCUUCGGUUCCACAAGAGGAGGACGAAGAUGAAGAUGUUGAUGAGACUGGUGUUGAAGCUAAGGACAUUGAUCUUGUGAUGACUCAAGCUGGUGUCUCGAGGCCUAAAGCUGUCAAGGCCCUUAAAGCCAAUGAUGGAGAUAUUGUUUCUGCCAUUAUGGAACUCACUACAUAGGUUUGGUUGGGUUGCAGAGACUUGUGAUUGUUCUCUUUUUCUUGUUGCUUCAUUUCGGAUUCGGUUAGCAAAUCUUUUUGAACUUUAUCCGUGUUUUUUUUAAGGCUAUUUUUGCCCUCUGAGCCAUAAACAAUGUUGCUUCACAUCUAUAAUUUGAGUCAUUUGGUCUGAACAUUGUUCAA